GUUAGUCUUCUCAUACAUAUUUUCCGGUUUAGACGCGCGUGUAUAUCUCUGCGUGUUAAUAUUAUUAUUACAUUUAACAUUUACCGUACUUGUGACAAAAACAAUAAUAAUUAUGAAUUAAAAAUGAUAAUGAUAAUAUGAUCACCGUGAAUAAAAAUCUGUCAGACAAUAGUGCGUGAUCGGUUUCGUUGUAUAAAUAUUCUAACGAGAACACGGAUAGCUCAAUAUUUCAACAUGCAAUUUUUGCCAUGGCUGUUAAUAUUUGGGUCAAUUAUUAUAUCUGACGCCGAACAUGAUAUACAAAAACGAGAAUCAUCUAAUGAAAAGAAGGUAGUGUGUUAUUACACGAACUGGAGUGUUUACAGACCAGGCACGGCCAAGUUUUCGCCGCAAAAUAUUAACCCGUACUUGUGUACGCAUUUGAUAUACGCGUUCGGUGGUCUUGACAAGGAAAAUGGCUUGCGUCCUUAUGACAAGUAUCAAGAUAUCGAACAAGGUGGCUAUGCCAAAUUUAACGGACUGAAGACAUACAACAAAAAUCUUAAAACGCUUCUGGCAAUAGGAGGGUGGAAUGAAGGUUCCGCUAGGUUCUCAAAAUUAGUGGACGACGAGGAUAAAAGAAAAGAAUUCGUCAAAAACGUUGUUAAGUUUCUCAGACAAAAUAAUUUUGAUGGACUUGACUUGGAUUGGGAGUAUCCUGCUUAUAGGGAUGGUAGUAAACCCAGUGACAAAGAAAACUAUGCGUCCUUAGUAAAGGAAUUGCGAGAAGAGUUUAAUAGAGAAUCUUCAAAAACUGGCCGAUCUAGGCUGCUUCUAACUAUGGCAGUUCCAGCUGGUAUCGAGUACAUAGAUAAGGGAUAUGACAUUCCUGAAUUGAAUAAGCAUUUGGACUUUAUGAAUUUACUGACUUACGAUUAUCAUUCAUCGUACGAACCUGCAGUGAAUCACCAUUCUCCACUCUAUCCUUUGGAAGAAGAUUCAGAAUAUAACUUUGAUGCAAAACUUAAUAUAGAUCAUACAAUCAAACAUUAUCUUGCUUCUGGAGCUGAUAAAGAAAAACUGGUCCUUGGUAUUCCAACUUACGGUAGAUCAUAUACACUUUUUAAUAGAGAGAGUAAAGAUAUAGGAGCUCCAUCAGAUGGUCCUGGUGAAAAAGGAGAAGCUACUAGAGAAAAAGGAUACUUGGCCUACUAUGAGAUUUGUGGAAAUUUGAAAAAAGAUGAUUCCUGGACUAUUGAACAGCCAAAACCAAAAGCAAUGGGACCUUAUGCCUACAAAGAUAACCAAUGGGUUGGAUAUGAUGAUGAAGAAUUUGUUAAAUUAAAGGCUAAAUAUGUAAAUGAAAACGAUUUGGGAGGUAUAAUGUUUUGGUCAAUUGACAAUGAUGACUUUAGAGGAAGUUGUCAUAGUAGACCAUAUCCACUAAUUGAAGCAGGAAAAGAAGCUCUUCUCGGAGAUUCGAAAGUAGCACCAAGUCAAGGAAAAGAAACUAAAACUACCUUAUCAAAAUCCCGACCAAAACCAAGACCAGUUGCAAGAACUACUACUACUACAGUAGCACCAAAAGAAAAAUCAAGUGUGUCUACAACUACACCAGAACCACCUACUACACCUGAUACUGGAACUGAUUUUACCUGUAAGGAUGAAGGUUUCUUUCCGCAUCCACGUGAAUGCAAAAAAUAUUUUUGGUGUUUGGACAGCGGUCCAUCAAAUUUGGGAAUUGUAGCUCAUCAGUUUACAUGCCCUUCGGGAUUAGUGUUCAAUAAAGUAUCGGAUUCUUGUGAUUACACUAGAAAUGUCGUCUGUAAAGAUAAGAAAACUGCCGAUCCGAUUACAACAACAACUACAACGACAACUACUCCCAAAGCAAUUAAAUCUGGAAUAAAAACAACUACUACUACGACUACCACAUCAACAACUCAAACUCCAGAAGUAGAAGAUGACGGAGAAGACGAGUUUGAGGAAGAAGAAGAUCCAAAAGAAAUAAAACAAUUGAUUAAUUUGAUCAAGAAAUUGGGUGGUGUAGCAGAGUUAGAAAAACAACUUAAUAUUAAGGAUGGGUCAACUGAAGUAACAACUCCAGCAAUAAGCAAAUCACUUUACAAUAAAGUUUUAAAAUUACCUUCUAAUAGGUUUCAAUCUUCAUAUAUAAAUGGACCUGGGCCCCAAAGUGAAGGGUUAGACAAUAAAGAUGACAGUAUAGAUUAUAAAAAAGACAAACCUCAAUAUGUCACAAUUAGACGUCAAAGGCCUUCUAAAGAUGUUAUUGAUAACACUAAAGAAUCAGAAGAAGAGGAUAUUCCAACUGACACGACUACUGAAAGAUUUAAACCAACAUAUAAAACAGUCGAUAGAACCAGAUACCGCGAUUUAGGAGAAGUAGCUGAUGAAAAUGCUGAAAGUGAUUCAUUGCCUAAAUAUACCACAAUUAGUCGAACUAGAUCAACAGAAAGUAGUCCCGAAGAACCAACUAGUCCAAAAUAUGUUACUUUGCGUAGACAGAGACCAACAUAUAAAGAAGAUGAAAUAAGUGAUGAAGAAAUCACUCCAGUUGCAGUAUCAUCUACUUCGCAGGCGCCCAGGUAUGUUUCGUUAUUAAGGCAAAGGAGUACAACUACCACUACAACUCCCGAUGAUAGAUUUUUUGAAACAACUACGAAAGAUAAUGUUGAAGAACCAAGAGAAAAUAAAAAUACGAAGGUGAGUGAUAUGACUUUAACAACAGAGUCUAUUAUAAUUAGCACCACCUUAUUCAAUACUGAACCAUUUACCGAAUCAAUCACAACAACCGUAAACGUUCCCACAUUUACUACUGCAAAAAGUAAAUUCCAAGAAGAAAAAAUUCCAACAUCAAUUACUGAAGAAAUGAACGAUACGACACCUACAACCAAAGCUUCAGCAUCGAUUGAUAAAAAUAUAGGCGAUACUAUGAGUACUACAAAAGCUCCUACAUCGACUGUCACUAAUGUUAUUACAUCUAUAUAUGAAGCUGCUACAGAAAGGCAAAGAGUUCGUGUUAAAAAUAUUCAAAACUUUUUAUUGGAGCAUAAGAAAAAUGAAUCAGUAACUCAAUCAAUCAUACCCACUAAAAUUCCAUCAACUACUACUUUAUCUACAACAAUGGAAAAUAUAGUUUCAGUCGAAGAACCAACUCAGAAAUCAAUACUCAAGGGUCGAUUCGGAGGUCCUGUACAUUUUAGACCAUCCCUAAGAAAAUCAAUAGGCACGCCAGAAAACAAUGGAACGACAACAGAGAAAAUAACUGAAACAACGACAGAAAAAAUAGUUGAAACAACUACUGAGAAAAAAAAUCGUUUGAAUAAAUAUAUUAACAGAUUUAUCAGACCAGCUAAUAAUUAUAGUACAGAAAGUACAACUACAACAAGUAAAAUAUUUGUUACAUCAACUACUGAAACCACAUCAGAAUUAAGUACGAGGCAAUUUAAUAGAUUUAGACAAACUACUAGCAGUGCCACCGAAUACCAACCACUGUCAACUAGAAGAUUUAUUUCUAGAUAUAGACAAAGAACAACAGAGUUACCAGUGAUAAAUAAUACAGAAGUACAAAGGUCACGAUUUUUUAGAAGCCGCAAACCAAUUUCUUCUACCUCAACUACAACAGAAGAAACCACAAUAACAGAACUUUUAAAUGUUGAAGAAAAUGCAGAUAAUAUCCGUUAUGAAACAACAACUUACGCUCCUAUUACAAUGCAUGUCCCAACUACAGACGUCGAUGAAAUUUCGACAAACGAUGAGGAUAUUAAGAUAACCACUGUCGAUAGUUUUGAGCCAACUAAAUUUAGUACAGCUGAAAUGACAACAAUACAGCCGAUCACUAAAAGAAUAACAAAGUAUUUCAGAGGUUCCGUACGAGCAAACAGCGAAUCUCAAGAUGUUAUAAUUGAUAAACCACGAUCUCCGUCAUUAGGCAGACAAAAUUCAAGAUUUUUAAAAAAUGAACAAAAAAUAUUAUUUAUUAAAGUUAUGCCUUCGCCAGAUGGACAAUCUCAAAAUGAGUUUACAUCAAAUCCUAUCAAAAAUGUGACUAGAAAUCGGGGUAGAAUUAGAGCAUAUGAUUCUCUUGAACUUAAUACUCUGACCGAUGAGUUUACAAAUCAUGAUCGACCAAAUGAGCUGUUCAGAGGAAGUGAAACUAAAUUCAGACCAACCACUUCUACCACCACUGAAUCAACAGAAGAGAUUCAAAGAGAUAGAACUCGUCAAAGAAUUACAAGACCGAUUCAACGUUCGACGACAACUACUACUACUACUGAGGAAUCAACUCCGAGUUCAUCAACAGAAUCAUACUUGUUAAAAGGUGUAAACCGAAGAAGAAAAUUUAGGCCAGAAUAUACAACUACUUCAACUCCAAGUUACGAAGAAGAAUUAACUACACCAAAAUCUCGAAAUCCUGAACGAAGAUUUAGGAGUCGGACAACAGUAUUGAAAAAUACAAUAACUACAAGUACAACACCAGAAACUUUGGAGGACAGUGAUCGAAAAUUCUUCAGUACGUCAUCACAGCCAUACUACGACGAUUCGAGUCUUUUUGCGAAGACUCGAGACGAUCGUAAAAUUGGUGGAUCAGCAGAAGACCUAGCCAAUACAGCUGUAGUUGCCAUACAUACACUCGCUACAGCACCACCUUCAAAUUAUGAAUUUAGGACUUCUACGCACAGUCCGCAACAGAGCGUUUUUCGCGAAACCACUCAGGACCACGAUUAUUACGAGCCACCACGAGCGCCACAAUCGAUAGACGCGUUUGAUGGCGUCCAGCCGGCUAGACUACCGGCACAACCACCCAGACUUCCGGUACAAUCACCAAGACAAUCAGUGCAACCUCAACAGCUGCCGCCGUCCAUCAAACUGCCCGCGGUCCCAUUCCAACCGGCGCCUUUCCAGCCUUCUCCGUUCCAGGCGGGUCCCUUCCAGCCAGUCCCGUAUCCCGGACUACCGUUCCAGACAAACAACGCGUUCGCUCCAGUCGCGAGACAGUCGCCCACAACCGCCCUACCACCGGCCACGUCUCGGCAAACGUUCAUAUUGCGAAGGGGCCCGUCGAGGACCACGCCGCUGGGAACAUCCGCAACGUCCGCGCCGCCGCAAUACUUGAAUGACAACGCGCAAGAACAGUACGCCGACUACUCGGAACCGGAACAGGCGUCCGAUUCCGCCGAACAGCGGGUGGCCCUCAAGGGUAAGGUCCGGAUACACGGGGACGGGUACAUCGAGUGCCUAGACAUGGGCAGUUUCCCUCACCCAUUUUCGUGCCAGAAAUUCAUAUCCUGCGCCAAGACGGAAUACGGAGCUCUGUUCGGAUGGGAGUACACGUGCCCCAAGGGGCUUUCGUUCGAUCCGGUGGGCGGCAUUUGCAAUUGGUCGUCCGGACCCGUGUGUAACAACUGAUGUUUGGUUGUGUACUCGUGGUUACAAACACAAAAAAAACGAAAAGCGAAAAAAUAACAGACAAAACAUAAUUCCUAGUCUCUCCCUCACUCUGUCGCUGUUGCUCUGCCUCUCUCUACUUGUCCUUACCACUAUAUUUUUCUCACUCCCUCUCUAUCUAUCAACGUGUGAUUUUUCGUUAACGUUUAUAGGCGCCGAAUUAUUAUGUUGUUUUCAGGGCCAGUUUUUGAUAGAGAAUACAACUCGGAUGAAAUUACAUUAAUUUAAUCGGACUGUCGAUAUCAAAAUAGUAUAUAUAUACCUACCUAAGUAUUGUAAUUUCAUUCGAUUUGUUUUGUAUACAUAUUUUAUAACUACAUAUAUAUGUUGUAUUAAUUAAAUUUAUAUUUGUAUUUUUAUUUAAGAAUAAAUUGUAAUUAUAAGAUA